AAGAACUUGGACUGUGAAGUUGUGUUAAAAAUAAAGUUUGUUUUCAUGUAAGAAGAAAAAACAUUUGACCAUGAACAUUAGAUUGCACUUAGUGUGUGAAUUAUAGAAUAUAUCGUGUAAAAAAUUGGGUGAGAAAACAAACGAUAUUUCUGUCAGUCAAUAUGCAAUCACUCGGGAAGAUUAUUGGUUGGAUAUUUCCGUUUGCAUUUGUCUUGAGUACUGUAAAUGGAUGUGAUUUUGUUGGACUCAAUCUGUGUACUUGGAAAUUGUCGCAGAAUGUAUCCGAAUCGAAAGAAUUUACUGUUUUACCUCAUAAAAGACAGAUUGAAAGUCUUUGUUUAUACAGAGGAGAAUUCAAGAACUGUUACACGCCCAAGUUAUUAAAAUGUUCAGAUGACUUGAUGUAUGUAUCUACGUUUGCGACGACACUGAAAACAGUCAACUUUAUAUGCACGUCAGGAUUUUCAGAUAUGGUUCUACAUGAUGCUUGUUGGAGAAAAACAGAGGUACAGAAUAGAUCUAAUGCUUGUUACAAGGACCAUGUAGAAAAUGUCAAGAGCCAACUUGAACAAAUAUCUAUGUUAGAUGAUGCAUACACAGAUCGAGUGAAACAAAAAUGGUGCAAAAUACUUCUUGGUUCUUACCAGUGUAUGCUGAAGUCUGUAAGUGACUCGUGUGGACAAUCGUCUGUAGAUGUUGUGACGGAUAUGAUGAACACGGUGUUUGAACAGAUGAACUCAAUAAUGUCAUGUCAAGAACACGAUAGAUCUACAUCUCAAAAAGAAUUUAUCAGUUUCUGGGAAUCCCUCAUAGAAAAUGGAGCAACAAAUACUUUUCAGGACUGGUCAAUGGUUACGGUCAUAAUAUCAGUAUUUGUAAUAUCAUAUCAAUAAAAAUAAGAAGCUUA